GCGCCGCUGGGGGAAGGUUUUGGCGAAGAGUCUGCCAUGGAGUCGUACGACGUGAUCGCCAACCAGCCGGUGGUUAUCGACAACGGCUCUGGUGUCGUCAAAGCUGGUUUUGCAGGUGAUCAGAUUCCAAAGUAUUGCUUCCCUAAUUAUGUGGGAAGGCCUAAGCAUGUACGUGUUAUGGCUGGUGCUCUGGAGGGAGAUAUUUUCAUUGGACCAAAAGCUGAGGAGCAUAGGGGCCUGUUAACUAUCAGGUAUCCAAUGGAACAUGGAAUUGUAAAAGACUGGAAUGACAUGGAACGGAUCUGGCAGUAUGUGUAUUCCAAAGACCAACUCCAGACUUUCUCUGAAGAGCAUCCUGUACUGCUCACAGAAGCUCCCUUGAAUCCAAGGAAAAAUCGUGAACGUGCUGCUGAGGUUUUCUUUGAGACUUUCAAUGUCCCUGCUCUGUUCAUCUCAAUGCAGGCAGUACUUAGUCUGUAUGCCACAGGUAGGACUACAGGUGUGGUGUUAGAUUCAGGAGACGGAGUCACUCAUGCUGUACCUAUCUACGAAGGGUUUGCUAUGCCACAUUCCAUCAUGAGGAUUGACAUUGCGGGACGUGAUGUCUCUCGGUAUUUACGUCUGUUUCUUAGAAAGGAAGGAUAUGAUUUUCAUACAUCAUCAGAAUUUGAGAUUGUGAAAACAAUCAAAGAGCGUGCCUGUUACCUGUCAAUUAAUCCACAAAAAGAUGAAACUCUGGAGACCGAGAAAGCUCAGUACAUCCUGCCUGAUGGAAGCACAAUUGAAAUUGGACCUGCACGAUUCCGUGCUCCAGAGCUGCUCUUUCGACCUGACUUGAUUGGUGAAGAGUGCGAAGGAAUCCAUGAAGUCUUAGUCUUUGCAAUCCAGAAAUCUGACAUGGAUCUGAGGCGAACGCUUUUCUCUAACAUUGUGCUGUCAGGAGGAUCAACUUUAUUCAAAGGAUUUGGUGAUAGACUUCUGAGUGAAGUAAAGAAAUUGGCACCAAAAGAUAUAAAAAUAAAGAUCUCCGCCCCACAGGAGAGGUUAUACUCCACGUGGAUAGGAGGCUCUAUUCUGGCAUCGCUUGACACGUUUAAGAAAAUGUGGGUGUCCAAGAAAGAGUACGAGGAAGAUGGGGCCAGAGCAAUACAUAGGAAGACAUUCUAAGCACCUGUCAGAAUUGGCCCAUACACAAACUCACUCUGAUGUAAACCUCGCUUGUCUGGGUAUGGUGUAUGCCUGUAAGAAGGUGAAUGUGUGUAAUAUGAGAGCACCGAGGAGAUACAAAGACUGGUUUUGGGACACACGUGAUCAAAAUAAGAGAGAUUUUGGUCAUUUUCAUUUUUUGUCUGCUUUCCCCCACCCCUCUACACUUCCCCCCCAAUUAUGUUGUCAUUUAUAGUUAACAUGUGGUGUGGGAGUCCAGCUAUACAUGAAAACAUGCCAACUGCAAUUGGCUAUGGCCACAGUCUCUGAAUUCUCUGAGGUUAUGAUGUGAAGCCAGAGUAAGCAGCAAGAGGAAAUGAAAGCUCCCGAGGCAGUUGAGUGGAUGUUAAAAAGUGUGGUAUGAAUGGUAAUUUUUAACAGGUUUUUGUUCCUAUUGCUUUUGAGACUGGUAAGGAAUUUGUAACCUAUUGUGCGUAGACAGAUUGCACGUCCUGAUGUUCCUGAAUUUUUUAAGAAGUAUAUCAGCAGAGCUCCGUAUGAAAUAUAUAUAUAUAUAUAUCUCCCAGUGCUUUUUGUCCAUGUCUAGUAACACUAACAUAUACUGGCUUGUGUGCCUACUAGAGGAGGUACCACUUUUAACCCCGCAGGCUGCAAGCAUUUUGUGAUAUUUAGUCAGGUGUUAACAGAGAGAACAAAUCAACUGAAAAGCCCUUUAGAAAGCAAGGGCAGACUAGUGGUAAAGUGUGCAGCAUGUAAGAUAUUUUUAAGUUAUUUUUCUCUCUUCCUCUAUAAAUGUUUUAAGCUAAGCCAAUAGAAACAGGUCAGAAAUUCCAGCUUAAAACAUUGGUUGCCAUAUGUAAGAAAUGAAACAUAUUUGAAACUAAAAUAAUUGUCAGUAAUACAUUAUUGGGCAAGAGGUAAGUGCAAUGCAGUUUAAAGCCAAUUGAAGAACAGGUAUUGUUCACUUCAGUUCAUUCCGAUAACCACCACCCCAGUCAUAUUGUAUCCAACUCCAAUUUACUGACUCUUGGUUCAAGGAAUGCAAACAAUGGUUUAGACUGCAGUUGCUUUCAGUAUUUAUUUCCCAACCAUUGGCACUGGAGGGACGGGGUGGUGAGACUGGAGUGAUAGGGGUAAAAAAGGAAGUUGUAAUUUGAAUCGCUCAGAAUCAGGAACAAAAUUCAAAGCUGUGGCAGAAGGCCUUCCUCUUAAUAAUACUCUCAUAAUGUUUAGCAUGAAAGAAAUGAACAAAGUAUUCAUUUGAAAAUGAAACGCUGAUAUUUAAGCCUUAGAACUGUUUGUAGUGUCACGUACCACUACAUUCGAGCAGUAACACAUGUUAUAAGUGCCAGUCGUUUUUUUUUUAAGAAGUGCAGUAGUUAAUACCAACAGUAAUGAAGGGAACUGCUAUCAACCACUGAACAUGUUCUGCUGAGAGUAAACAUGACAACAUAGUAGAUCAGCCUCUUCAUUGUUUUGAGUUAAUUUGAAUGACAAACUAAAUUGUUUAAACCUUUACCUUAGCAUAAAUGUCUUAGAAAGUCACCAAAAUUGACUGAGAACAUCACUGACAUUAGUUUGUCAUGACUGCUGUAGAUCUAGGUCUCCUGUACGAUGGUGAAGACUUUGAAUAGGUCCGUUCUGACUGUAGCUUUUCCUACGUUAUCAUCCAUUGUUUUACCAUGCAGAAGUAUUGCAAACUGUGCUGCCAGGUGAUGCCACUGUACUUGAGAACCUUAAAAUAAAAACUGUUCAAAAGCA